GGGUGGAGUCCCCGGUGAAACAGCACAACCACGGGCGACACACUGCGCAUGUCCGCAGCGACAGGUCACGUUGCUCUGUGCUGGCCAAUCAAAUGACACUUUCCUAACUCAGAUUUGUAAGAUGGCGACUGCCGAACCGGAAACAGACCCAAUUCCAUCCUUGGCAGAUGAGGAUGGAGCUGAAGAGGCAAAGGAGGCUGGCCAGGAAGUUGUGAACCCGGAAUCGUACAUCAAACUCCCUCUGCAAAACAGAUGGUCUCUGUGGUUCUUCAAGAACGACAAGAACAAAACAUGGCAAGCCAACCUGCGACUCAUUUCAAAAUUUGACACAGUUGAAGACUUCUGGGCUCUCUACAACCACAUCCAGUUGUCAAGCAAUCUCAUGACAGGCUGUGAUUACUCCCUUUUUAAGGACGGCAUUGAGCCCAUGUGGGAGGAUGAGAGGAACAAGCGUGGAGGACGCUGGCUGAUCACGCUCAACAGACAGCAGAGGAGAUUAGACCUGGAUCGCUUCUGGUUGGAAACUCUCCUGUGCUUAGUCGGCGAGGCCUUUGACGACUACAGCGACGAAGUCUGCGGAGCUGUUGUCAACAUCCGCUCAAAAGGCGAUAAAAUCGCCGUCUGGACUUCCGACUUUGACAACCGCGAAGCCAUAACACACAUAGGGAGAGUUUACAAGCAGCGCUUGAUGCUCCCCAUGAAGAUGACCAUCGGCUACCAAUCCCACGCCGACACGGCAACCAAAAGUGGCUCAACCACCAAGAACAAAUUUGUCGUUUGAGAAACAUCCGGCAGUGGCCCCUUUUUUCACCGUCUCGUCUAAUUUCUUGUCGGUGACGAUGUUUACGAUGUUUACGAUGUUUUAAAGACUGACGAAUGCGAUCCAAGACUACGUGCCAAAUGGCCUGCCCAAGACCUGGACCACAAAAUAGCUGAAUCUGCAUCUUCCGAAACACUAACACACGUUGUGUACUUACUGUACACGGAUAGCAAUAUUCCGGAAUGAACCAUAUUCAUGUGGAGGGGGGAACUUCUUCUCAAGUGACGUGAAGGCGAUUAUGACAUUGCCGUCUCUAAACAUGUAAACGGGAUUAUGAAUGGAAUAGUUCUAAGCAACUCUGUAAUCUAAGUAUUUCCGAGGUCAGUGGUCGGCAACCUGCGGUUCUACACCCUGCUUGCUGCACGCUCAGGCCAAGCUUUCUGUUUUUUUUUUUUGUUUUUUUUUUUAAAUACUGAAAAAUAGGAAAUGUUUAUUUUCACUUUUUGCAGUAUGAAAUACCCGACUCACCGCCAGACCGUGAAUGCAACAGCUACUGUGUUCUAACUGCUGAUUGGAUGAGCAAAGGAAGGGGUCAGUUGGUUUCGUCGGUGAGAUGUGAAAAAGACAUCCUGAUAACCGUAUUAAUCUAUCCAGGCGGGUGGCCAGCCAAUCACAGGGCACAUAUAGACAAACAACCAUUCACACUCACAUUCAUACCUAUGUACAAUUUGGAGUCGCUAAUUAACCUAGCAUGUUUUUUUGGAAUGUGGGAGGAAACCGGAGUACCCGGAGAAAAACCCACGCAUGUACGGGGAGAACAUGCAAACUCCACACAGAGAUGGCCGAGAGCGGGAUUGAACUCGGGUCUCCUAGCUGUAAGGCUUGCGAGCUAACCACUCGUCCGCCGUGCAGCCCAUAUUUGCAUAUUAACAAUAAUUCAUGGUUCCAUUUAUCACAGUGAGUCUUCCAGGCCCUGAUGCAGCAAAACAGUCCCAGACCAUCACACUACCACCACCAUAUUUUACUGUUGGAACAAUGUUCAUUCAUUUUCUACCGCUUAUCCUCACGAGGGUCGUCACCGGCUGUCUUCGUGUGAGAAUCACAGGGCACAUAUAGACAAACAACCAUUCACACUCACAUUCAUACCUAUGGACAAUUUGGAGUCGCUAAUUAACCUAGCAUGUUUUUUGGAAUGUGGGAGGAAACCGGAGUACCCACCGGAAAACCCACGCAUGCACGGGGAGAACAUGCAAACUCCACACAGAGACGGGAUGAACUCCGGUCUACUAGCUGUGAGGCCUGCGCGCUAACCACUCGACCGCCGUGCAGCUGAAACCUUUCAGAUCAUCAAAUUCAAUGACAACACAACCGAAUACAAAAUGUUUUUAAAAUUAGCCUUUUUAACUGCAAUCAAACAUUUGCGACAACUUGCAAUGAGUCUCAAAGUGCCAUGGAGGAAUGU